AUGGACUACACGCUUUACGGAUUGCCGAGCUUGCUAUUUGGACUGUUCUUGUACAAGAAGAGGAUAGGUAGCAGGCCUGCUGGACUAAUAUUUUUUUCCGAAUUGGCUCGUCUCUCGCACGUUAUUCCUUGGAUGCUCCGCCCACCGCGUUUGACUACGGCCAUGUCCGUGCGAAGCCGCCGCGAAGGCCGACAAAUUUUGAUGCAUGACUUGCGGUUACGUAUAUUCGCGACAAGUGUAUCUUGCUGUGCAUUGACCAAGAAUGCAGCAUUAGAAGCAUUCCCUCUGUUGGGAGGUUGUCUGCCAUACACUGUUAUAUAUAUCCACGAAUUCUACUACGAUAGGCCCAGCACUUUUUGAAGAAGGGUGAACAGCGAGGGUUAAAGACGACAGAAAAA